AUGAACGCAUCACAACUACCCACAUCAACGCCGGCAUUCAAAAGGAAAAUCCGCUUCGGGACAAUAGACGUCGGCUCAGGCUCAGAUUCAGAUUCAGAUUCAGAUUCCAACGGCAAUCUCGAAGCGCCACCAACUAAUCAACAAGAUGCACCGGAUUACUAUGACCCCAUAUACUUUGACUCGGACGAAGAGGACGAGCCUGAAGCGGACGAAGCCGUGAAUGAUGAAGGACAGGGCGGCGACGACGACCAAGAUGACGACGAGAAGGAAUACGAUAUUCUUGCCGGCUUGAGCUCAGGCCUCAACGACAGCAGCGCCGCCGCAGCAGGAUCGAGCAGUAGUCAGAUGUCCGAUAUUACCAAGAAGCUGGAGGAGAGUUCCAUGCGCGAGUCCACCAAGCCAACAAAGAAGAUCAACAAGAAGCGCGCAACGAUAUCAGACGCUGAUCUUCUAUACGACCCAGACGAAGACGACAGGGACGAAAACUGGCUCAUCAAGAAGAUCUCAGCAAAUCGGCCGCCUGGAUGUCGACCAGAGGAUAUUUGGACUGAUGCCAUCCUCUCCUGCCCAAUGUGCCUUACUCAGCUCUGCUUCGAUUGCCAACAACAUGAAGCCUACACCCACCAAUUCAGGGCAAUGUUUGUGGAGCACUGUCGGGUAGUAGAGAACGAGCGCCUUCGUUUCCCCAACGUACCAAAGAAGGCUAACAACCACAACAAGUCUAAGAAAGCCAGCAAGUCAGGAUCAUCACUAUCAACAUCAUUACAAGGCAGCACGGCAGCUCAGAGCGAGGUACAGGAGUUCAAGCCGAGUGUUGACGAUGAUCAGGAUGCAGUUUACAACCCAGUCGUAUGUGAGAUUUGUAAUACCAAAGUAGCCCUUAUAGAUCAGGAUGAGGUCUUUCACUUUUUCAAUAUCAUCCCCACCGCCGUCUGA